GAAUCAACUAUCUAAGGAAAUCCGCAGAGAGGCCAUGGCCUAAAUAUUUCGUUUGUGGUCCAGGUGUUUGGAAGGUAGCAAUUCAAAAAGGACAAGACAAUGCCUUUACCUACGGCUUUACAAGCCAGGUUGCAAAGAAGAGGAUUACUUAAACAUGAAGAGAUUGCGAAGGAAAAAGAUGAAGCAACAAAAUUAGGAUGUCCCAAUGCUUGGAAUGAAUUCCACACUUGUGUAGCUUAUUGCAGAGAAAGAUGGGGUGAAAGGUUACAGCAGUCAGACAAAAAGGGCUCCAAGAGCCAUAAUACUAAACCUCUUCCUCCUGGUUGGUUUUUGGUACCAGACCCAAAAAGUGGACAUAGCUAUUAUUGGAAUGUUCACACAAAUAUGGUCUCAUGGGUGCAUCCACAAGAUCCUAAAGCAAAUAUCACUCUCCCAGUUUCACUACAACAAAGCAAAGAUAACGAAGCUUCACAACAACCACCAGGUGUGCCACGUGAAGAUGAAGCUACAGUGGACCAUGCAUCAAAUGAAAUAAAGUCAGAUGAAAGCAAAAAGAUUCCACCAAAAAUAAAAACAGGGAAACACCCAAGUCUUUUAAAGGCCCAACGGAAUAAAGAUAGAGCAAAUCCGUACAAGAGAAAACAAAAUGAAAAAGACGAUCUUGAUCCAAUGGACCCUUCAGCUUACUCAGAUGUCCCUAGGGGGACAUGGAACUCUGGCUUGCGUGAUGAUCGUGAUGUCAAAACGGGGGUAGACACAACAGCCAAUGGACCACUGUUCCAGCAACGACCUUAUCCAAGUCCUGGUGAAGUUUUGCGUCGAAACAGACAACAUCAACAACCGGCUGAUUGAUAAUCGCCGUCAAUGGUGAAAUUUCGAUUGCCAUCGUAUGGCAAUAAGGUUUCUGCAUUCGACAAACAGCUUUAGUUUUAUUUGCUACAUAGAAAAUUGUAUUUGUAUAAAGGUUUUCUGUAGAUCGUAUUUGUUUAAGAUAAAGAUGUCAUGUAA